AUGUCCGGCAAGGCUGCUCUGAAGGCUGUCAAGUCAGCGUUGGACAGCAAAGAUUUUGAGCUUGCAGCUUCCAAGGCGAAGGAUUUGAUCGAUCGGGAUUCCACAAACUACCAUGCACAUGUUUUCCUAGGACUCGCACAAGACAAGCUCGGAAAACCCGACGAAGCGGAAUCAUCAUACCUCGCCGCUUCUCGUAUCAAAGACAAGGAUAAGACCGCAUGGCAGGGACUAAUAACCUUGUACGAAAAACAAGGCUCUAAUAAGCUUGACGCUUAUCAUGAUGUUGCCUUGAGGUUGGGGCAAAUUCUCGCAGAAAAUGAUGAACGCGAUCGGUGUGUCGACGUCGUGGACAAGUUCGUAAAAUUCACUCGAAGAAACGGAAAUCGCACUCAACAAAAGCUCGCUCUACAUAUACAAUUACCAACAUGCCCCCUAUACUCAUCGCUCGAAGGAAGGGUCCCACAUCCUGCAGACACCUACUCAAGACUGAUAGAGCUUACCGAGGCCGAGGAAAAGGAAUUCAUCAAUCGUGAAAUCGGCGAAAGACGCACCCGUCUCGGCGCAAGAAUCGACCAGGUCACUGCGGAAGUCAAGCGCGAAGCUCUCAGCAAUCCAGAACUUGAAGAAUACUACAGAGGUCUUAUUGACUGGACUAACGACGAUGGUAUUAGACAUCAAACUGAAGAGCGACUUUUACAACGAGCAUAUGAUUUGCUUUCGGUCCUUCCGCAAGAUCAGAAAUCCGGAAAACGGGAUGAGUUAGUUCGUCUGGCGCGGGAUAUGGUCAUUAUCAAGCAUCCGUUUCUUCUCGCUUGGAAGAUUGAGCUUGAAUGGAAGGAUGUUGAAGAUUUCUCCGAGUGGGAUCCCGUCCUUCUUCGCGACUUCACGGAAUUUUUCCCUGAAGAUGGUUUAAGCAAGGUCAUCCAAGGCUUCUUGAAGGGCGAUCUAUCGCCGUUCCCCACGGAAACAGAGUUACGGGAAUCUGCUCAAGUUGAACCAGGCGAGGAUAGAGGAGAAGUUGCAGAGGUUGCAGAACUAGCGGUCGAAGACAGACUGAUAUUGAUGUCGAAUGGUCUCGAACAAUCUUCGGACUCGAUAAUAGCCCAUCGAGUUAUGGCUGAGCUUUAUUUGAACUUGGAAGAAUAUGCAAGUGCAGUCGAGGUUGCGCGCAAGGGCAUAACAAUCAUCAAAGAUAUCUCCAGAAAAACGGGUCUAGCCCUUCCAGAAACUAUCGACUACGUCAAUACUACUUUAGCUACUGCAUUGAUAUCGUAUCAGUCGCCCCGCAAUCACCCCGAGGCAAAGGGCAUCUUCGAAAGCAUCUUGAAACGAAAACCCAAGAAUACGAAAUGUCUACUGGGGAUCGGUCUAAUUCUAGAGGAAGAUCAUGAUUAUGAAGAAGCCUACCACUUCUUGCAGCAAGCCCGAGAACGCGAUCCAUCUAAUGUCAAGAUUCGAUCAGAGUUAGCUUGGUGCACGGCACUCAAUGGAGAUCUUGAAAGUGGAUUGGAGAUGUUGCAAGACGUACUUGCUGAAAUUGAAGACGACGAAAACCAGAGUCGAGAGUUCAAAGCCGAGAUACUUUAUCGUAUUGGGCAUUGUCAAUGGGAACUAGAUCCAUCUAGUGCUGCUCGAAAGAACCGCAAUGGAGCGUAUGCCAGCUUCUUAGCCUCGAUUCAAGCCGACCUGAAUUAUGCACCAGCCUAUACUAGACUGGGAAUAUACUACGCCGACUAUAAGAAAGACAAAGCCCGAGCAAAACGAUGCUUCCACAAGGCAUUCGAGCUGUCAUCAUCUGAGAUCGAAGCCGCCGAACGACUAGCGAAGGCGUUUGCCAAUAAACAAGAAUGGGAUCUUGUCGAAGCAGUCGCUCAGCGUGUAGUCGAUUCUGGGAAGGCAAAACCUGCUCCAGGAUCUAAGCGCAAGGGUCACAGCUGGCCUUAUGCAGCUCUAGGUGUUGUGCAACUGAAUAAACAGCAGUAUACUAAAAGCAUUGUGUCCUACCAGGCGGCUUUGCGGAUAUCUCCAGGCGACUAUCAUUCCUGGGUUGGACUUGGAGAAAGCUAUCAUAAUUCUGGGAGGUACAUUGCGGCUACGAAAGCGUUCGAACAUGCCGAGGCGUUAGAGUCUACGCUUUCGAAAAGAGAGUACGAUGAUGCGAUUGGCAGAUAUGAGGAUGUACUCGCCAUUCGCCCCAAUGAGUUUGGAGUGAUGAUUGCCCUUCUCCAAACAUUGACAGAAAGUUCAUGGAAAAAUCUUGAUACCGGCCUGUUCAACGAUGCAGCCAAGUCCGCACAUAGGGCUUUGGAAAUUGCUAUCGCAAUGGCGAAGGAGACACCAAACGUAUUCAACCUAUGGAAAGCAGCCGGUGAUGCUUGCGCCGUUUUCUCCUACAUCAAGGCCAAAUCAGGACAUGUUGCCCCCUCAGAAUUACAGGCUCUUUUAAGUAUCAACGUUCCAGAUGGUGCGUACGAUAUAUUGGCCGAUACAGAUUAUGUGGGAAGCAACCAUGUGAUCUUCAAUGCCUCUGAGGAAGGUUUGUCUUCUUCAUCAGAUCUCUGCAUCUAUGCAUCCAUCCUAGCAUACAAGCGAGCGGUGUAUGUAUCCGCAAAUGACAGACAUGCUCAAGCCGUCUCUUGGUACAACCUCGGAUGGGCUGAAUACAGAGCGUACAGAUGUAUUGAAGGUGAACCUAACACGAAGAAGGAGAAGCGAUAUACAAAGAAAUUUCUCAAAGGAGCUAUUCGAUGUUUCAAACAGGCUAUUGAACUUGAGGCAGGCAACUCAGAAUUCUGGAAUUCCCUCGGAGUUGUGACAGCUUCACUCAGUCCAAAAGUUGCUCAGCAUGCAUUCGUUCGCAGUCUACAUCUCAAUGAUCGUAGCGCUCAGAAUUGGACAAAUCUUGGUGCUUUUUAUCUGAUUAAUAAUGAUAUCCAGCUUGCAAAUGAAGCGUUCACUCGAGGGCAAUCUGCUGAUCCUGACUAUGCCCCAGCCUGGCUAGGUCAAGGUAUUGUAGCACUUCUUUUCGGGGAUCCAUCAGAAGCUAGAGCUUUGUUCAGACAUGGAUUUGAAAUCUCCACAUCAUCUUUGACAUUGACAAAGAAACAGUAUACUCUCAGUCUGUUUGAUCGCCUUCUCGAAGACGCCACGAUUUCCAACGAAUUGUCACAACUGAUCCAGCCUUACUUCGCACUUCAACAAUUACACUUUCAGGAGCCGUCUGCUUUAUCGUUCGAGCACCUUUCUGCCUUGUUCGCCGAGCGGAUUGGCGAGUAUGCGCAAGCUGAGUCUGCUCUCGGUGUUGUCUGCACUGGGGUGGAAGCAGAAUAUGAAGUGUCUGAGUCGUCGUCAUCACUUCUACGCUUUGCACUCGCAAAUGCGGAUAUCGCCCGUGUACACCUUGCCAAUCAUGAAUAUGACCAGGCUGUCGAGAAGGCCGAACUAGCAUUAACCUUGUCUGGAGAUGAUGGUCUAACUACCCCUGAUCCAGGCAUGGUGACAAGCCUUCGUCUGUCGGCACAUCUUACUGCUGGCUUGGCUUACUAUUAUCUGAAAUCAAUGGACCAGGCUAUUGAUAUGUUCCGUGAUGCGCUCCAUGAAGCAGAAAACGACCCCGAAGUGGUAUGCCUUCUCGCACAAGUGCUAUGGGCAAAGGGCGGGGAAGAGGAACGGAAUGUAGCCCGUGAGCAAUUGUUUGAAUCUGUCGAAAAGAAUCCGGAACAUCUCGGCGCUGUUACUCUCUUGGGAGCUAUUGCACUUCUGGAUGGUGAUGAAGAUGCCAUCGAAGCGGUACACGCAGAUCUUGAAACAAUGAGAACGAGAGACGACAUCGAAAUCCACGACCGGGCACGAGUUGUGAAAUUGCUAUCAGCAAUCUCUGCUAUGGGUUUCAGCGCUGAUAGUGACAUUCCAGAGGCAGAACGGCUGGUCGUGGAGGCCUCCAGGGCCGUCAUGCUCGCUCCUGGAUUGCCUCAAGGCUGGAUGGAGCUUACUGCCGCUACAGGAGAACUACACCCAGCGACAAUAGCCGUGAAGACUGCUCUUCGAAACGUUCCUCCCCGAGGUGGUCUGGAUGCGGUUGAUUUGUGUACAGCGUACGUCCAAACAGGCACCAUUGGAGACUCGUUGCGAGCCAUCAUGGUGGCUCCAUGGAAAACAGAUGGAUGGGAGAGCCUGAAUGAAAGUUUAUUAGAUGCUGAAUGA